AUGCAGAUAGAGGGUGUGGAUUACAUAGAGAGAUUUUCACCUGUGGCCAAAUCUGUAACGGUACGUUUGUUUCUGGCUUUGGCUACAGCUUUUCAAUGGCCCCUUCACCAAGUUGAUAUCAACAACGCUUUCCUCCACGGGUAUCUCGAUGAGGAAAUCUUCAUGACAACUCCUGAAGGAUACUUUGUUCCCCCUGGCCACGCUUUUACUCAAGCGUUCCUUUCUGGGCAUGAUGACUGCCUUUUCUUUAAGGCGUUGCCUUUUGGAUUUAUUGGUCUUCUCGUUUACGUUGAUGACGUUCUUCUUAUGGCUCCUUCACUUGACCUCAUUUCUCAAGUCAAAGUGUAUCUUGAUGGCCUAUUCAGUAUCAAGGACUUAGGUUGUGCACGGUAUUUUCUUGGCUUACAAAUUGCACGCUCUGCAGCUGGCACAUCUAUUACAAAGUCGAAAUAUAUUCAUGACAUUAUUCGUGACUGUGGUCUCCAAUCGGCCAAGCUUGUGGCUACUCCCUUGCCCUCUGGAAUUAAACUCCAUUCUGCUUCUAGUGCUCCUCUUGCUGAUCCAGAACGUUACAGACGUUUAGUUGGGCGUUUGUUGUACUUAUGUUUCACUCGACCGGAUAUAUCACAUAGCGUACAACAACUCAGUCAGUUCAUUCAGACUCCUUGCCAAUCUCAUUGGCGUGCUGUGCUGCACUUAGUUCAUUACUUAAGCAGUUGUCCAAACCUUGGACUAUUUUUCCCUUCCUCAAAUUCGCUUCAACUGCAGGCCUUUUGCGAUGCUGAUUGGGGUGCUUGUCUCGACUCACGUUGCUCUCUCACUGGCUUUGCCAUCUUCCUUGGGCCGGCCUUGAUCUCUUGGAAAACGAAAAAGCAAAGCACCGUCUCACGCUCCUCUGCCGAGGCUGAAUACCGUAGUAUGGCAGCCACCUCUUGUGAACUUCAAUGGAUAGCUUAUUUGCUGAAGGAUUUUGGUGUUUCCGUUACCCUUCCUAAACCAUUUCACUGCGACAAUCAAGUUGCCAUUCACAUCAUGGCUAAUCCGGUGUUUCAUGAGCGCACGAAACACCUCGACAUUGAUUACCAUGGUCGUGCGAAAUUGCUACAACUCUCCUUUUCUGGUCUUCUAGGCAAGUUGGGCUUGUUUGCUGUCGCCCCAAGUCCCACUUAUUGGGGGGAGGGGAGUGUUGGGAAUUCUCGGAUGGAAGAUGUCAACAUUGCAUCUAAGGCUGGCAUUGGUUAA